AGAAAGAGAUUCAACUUUACCAGUUAAACAAUUUUGGAUAAUUUUGGAGACAGUAUUGGCAAAUUACUUCACUUUUGAUGCAAGACUAAUAGGAAUAACACGAUAAAUGAAUAAAGAAUAACUAUUUUCCAUAAUCUCUGGAAGAUGCCGAAAAUCCGAAAAAACAACUCAAAAGAAAGAAAUGUCCCGACGUCAAUUCCUGUUAGUAUUUCACUCCCACCUAGUCGUCCAUUGUAUUCUCCGAACUUUGAUAUGUCAUUAGAAAGAGCACAUGAGCUCCUUGCCCAAAUGCAGCCACUCCCUGAUCCUAAACCAAAUACACAAAAAGAACAUCAUCCAGUCGAUCGAAACUUUAUUGCAAUGAUUGAUGAUCUGAAGACAACUCAGAUUCCUUGGCAAAAACCAGGUCAUAUAAUGACAGAGGACGAGCAAAAAAUGUGGAAUGCUACUAGAAUGAGAGAAUAUCGAAGAAAAUCAAAUGAAACUUUGGAAAAAAGCAAGUCAAUGCUGGAUGGAUUGAAAUCACAAUGUACGGUUAAUACUGUUGUCUUGAAAAAUAUGUUGAUUACUAAAUCAGUAGAAGAUUCUGUCAAGUUGAAUGCCGCAAGAUUUUUGGGGAAAAGCGAGAAGGAAUUGAUGGAUAUUCCAGAGAUUAAACAAAUGUUUCAACAGUACUGGAAUUGUCGUAAAACCGCAUCCAAUUCUCAUUAUGAACAACGAUCACUAAUUUAUUUGGAUCGGGUUGUAUCUCUACAAACUGAGUAUCUAAACUACAAAGCGAAUCGAAACGACUCUCGAUCUCCAUCACAACUUGUGAAAAAGAUCAAGGAUGCCACUAUGAAAGCAGAAGCUUACGAGUUUUUUAUGGACGAUAAAAGAGUUCGGAAAGUGAUCGGUGAACUGAAUGAGAUCGACUCAAAAUUCAAAGAGAACAUUGGAGCAUGGCUCCUACAACAACUGAAAAUCGAUAGUUCAUUGAGCCAUUUAUUGUCAACAUAGUACAAAAUAGAAAUAGUAUAUUCCUUGAAUAAAUAUUUAGUAAUGUGA